UAGGACUUAAUUACAUGUCGGGCAGUGCCCAGGUACACCCGGAACCAUCCGUGCGGCGCACGCCUAUGGUUACAACUAUUAAUAUUAUAAAAAUCUAUCUUAGUUUGUGCCGUUCAUGGUCUACACUAUACAGUCUACACUACGACUUAAAUAAAUCUAUUUAGUCAUACUUUAGAGCAACUCCACAGCCUCUUUAUCAAAAAAAAGAAUAUAAUCAAGAGUUUACGACCACGGACUAUACCUAUGUAUGAAUAGUAGUGAUUUGUGGUUGCGAGUUGCAAGCUAUAGCACUGACGGUAUAAAUACCCAAUACACGCAUUAAAAUACCAAGUAUCUACGGUUAAUAUAUUAUAUGUGCAUUUAUAAUUUAUAUAAUAUAAAUUGUGUUAUAAACUUUUUACUAAAUAACUUAGAAGUAAUAACUGUUAAGGUUAACUAUUGUUAUAGUGUUGUGAAAAUAUGAAUAACUAAUAACCAUGAUAAGAUUCUUUUAUCAAAAUUCUAUCACAGAAUUUAUUCUGUGGUUCUAUCAGCUAUAGAUACUUCAGUUGAGACUCUAUUCUCGAGCACUGAGCACACUGCAUAAAUAAUAGACCUACAAAGAAAUACUUCAAAUAGUUCAAAUACAUUAUUAAAUAUUAAUUGUUAUGUCUAUGAUCUCUAGUUUAAAGUGUCUGUAAUCUGUAUUUUCAAUUCUGUUGUUUAGUUUCAACUUUCAUCUCUAUAUCUUUAUUAUUUUUAUUUAUCUAUUUACUAAUAUUAAAAAAAUUUAAAUAAUAUAUUGAAAUGGAAAAAGCAUUAGAAAGUAUUUUUAACACCAAAAUAAAAAAAUUGGAUAUAUCUAUAAAUGAAGGCUGCAUUAAUAAUAGUUCAGUUUAUGAAACAGAAGACAAUAAAUUAUUAUUUGUUAAAGAUAAUUCAAAACCAGGGUCAGAUAAGAUGUUCAAUGGUGAAUUAGAAGGCCUUAAAGCAAUAUGUAGUACAAAUACUAUUUCAACUCCUUAUCCUAUUGCCACUGGCUGCACAAAUAGUGGUCAAUAUUUUAUUGUUAUGGAUUAUUGGAAAAUGAGUUCUUUAAAUACAAGUUGUUCAUCAGAAUUAGGCAGUCAAUUAGCAGAAAUGCAUAUGUUUAAUUUAAAAGAGGGUCAACCACGUAUAAACAAAUUUGGAUUUCAUGUUGAAACUUGUUGUGGAUUUUUACCUCAAAAUAAUACAUGGACUGAUGAUUGGAUUACAUUCUACAUUGAAAAUCGUUUAAAUUAUCAAAUACAGUUGCUGCAAUCAAACUCAGGAAACAGUAUACAAAAAAAAAAAAUCAUUGAAAAUUAUUGGCCUCAACUGAAACAUAUAAUUCCCAAAUUCUUUGAAGGGAUUGAAGUUAAACCUUCACUACUUCAUGGAGACUUGUGGCCAGGAAAUAUUGCUCAAUCAAAUUCAAAACCAGUUGUUUUCGAUCCAGCUACGUUUUAUGGGCAUCAUGAAUAUGAUAUUGCUUCCAUUUCAUUAUUUGGAGGUGUUUCUAAAGAAUUUUUUGAAGCAUAUUUUAAAAAAAUACCUAAGUCUAAUGGAUUUGAAAAUAGAAAGUUGUUAUAUCAUUUAUUCCAUUAUUUAAAUCAUUGGAAUCAUUUUGGAGGAAGUUAUGUCAACUUAACAAUAGAUACUUUUAAAUCAUUACUUAAUUCUUAUUAGUUAUUAAUAUUUUGAUAUAUUUGUAGUCUUGUGAAAUAUAUUUUUUUAUAAAAUAAUUAAAUAAUGACAAUGCAAUAUAUUAAAAUGCAUAACAUAUGUUAAAAAUUAUUAUGUAACAUGGUAAAGGGGAGACUACUACUCUAACAACUACUACCAGGUGUGAGGAUGCAGGAGUCGUUCUGCAGCCUUUGCCUCAGAUACUAAUGGCUAAUGAGUAAUAAGUAAAGAAAAUGAUAUGUUGAAAACGUUAUAAAAUAUUUUUAUUUUUUUAAUUUACUUUAUGAGUCAUGUGUAUUGUUUUAUGUUUAAUAAAUUAUAAAUAGUUAACACAUGGAAACAUUUUAGAAAGCACAUUCCAUUUUCUUGUAUUUUGUAACACCAUUUCUUUUCUUCAUUGAUGCGAUCAUU